AGUGGGUUGCCUCCUACCACAAUAGGUGGUUUACGAUAAAAUCUGAGGCAACGGGCAGUCGAGCACGGCAUAUGCGGCGGAGUGGCGGUCGUCGCGGCCAUCGCGGCGGUUCCCGCACAUCAACAAGAGCCACGUGCCACUCCUAAUGGAAAUUGCGUGAGGUACACGACAAUGGGUUGCACCAGCAGCGCACCAGCUGUCGUUACACCUGAUGCUAGUGCCACAGAAAGGCAGAAAAGCAUUCAAUUCGCUGAUAGCUGUGAUCAAACAAUAAAUAGUAAUGAAGAAAUCGAAAACAGUGAAAGACACGAUACAAAUAAUGUGCUUCCUCAAUGUGAUACUUUAGGACAAACUAUACGUUUAGUUAAAAGUGAUAUUUCUCUGAUGGAGACAUUUCCUUUAAAGGAAGAUAAAAAUUGUCAGGAUGUUGCAGAAAUGAAUUCGAAUAGUGAAAAAGAAUUAGGAGCCAUUGUUAUUGCUAACGAAGAAGAUAAAAUCUCUACUUUAGAAGAAGUUAUUGAAAAGGUAAUGGAAUUGAAUCAUUCAGAUGAAAUGCAAAGUUCACAAAAUGAAGAAACCUCGCCAAUUAAUAAUUCAGAGGACCAAAACCAUACGACACAGGUGGAAGAUACUAAUGUAUCAGAAAGUAUUGGACAUAUUGAAGCAAAUAACGAACAAGAUGAGCACGGGGAAGAAGCGAUUAGCCCCAGUCUAUCAGAGAGCAGUCGUGCUACGAGAUGGGAAGCUUUAGCUGAUAUUGCAGCGGAACUACCGGCAUCACUCACCAUUGAUCCUUUAACGGGUCAAAUUUAUUCACUCGCAAAAUAAAAACAAAAAUGAACGAACACACUGCAUUUUGUA